AUGACGCGACCAAGUGAUGGAGUCUCGAAUCCAGGGGUCCAGAGACGCAACAUUGUGGAGUUAUUGCCCCCGAAGAUGUCUGAAAGUCCUACAGAGCUAAGGAUUGUGCUGCUCGGCAAGAAUGGCUCUGAGAAGAGUGCUGUUGGAAACGUCAUCCUGGGUAGAGGGGCAUUUGACCCCAACUAUGUACAAAGUCGCUGUGAGAGAGCCAGGGGUCAAGUAGACGGAAGAGGCAUAGCUGUGAUCAACACUCCAGACCUGUUAGACCCUCACAUCUCAAAUGACAAACAAUCAGAGGAACUGCGUUGGUGUGUCACUCUGUCUGACCCAGGACCUCAUGUGUUCCUGUUGGUCCUGCAGCCUGAGGAGUUAACACAAGAAGAGGGAAACAGAAUCAGGCAAAUUCUAGACCGCCUCAGUGACCGGUCCUUUGAAUACUCAAUGGUACUGAUAACUCAUGAAGACAGGAGGGGACACAUGCAUGAUGAUCACCCUCUGAAUCAGAUGGUCAGAGAAUGUAGAGGGAGGCAGCACCUCAGUGACCGCACUCAACUUAUGGCAGAUGUUGACAAGAUUGUAAAGGAGAAUGGAGGAGGCUAUCUCACCUGUGAGCUAUCUGAAGAUACUACAAGUGGCAUGGUACAAGGGAAAGAGGAAAUCCACAGGAGGAAAACUGAUGGCAGCCUCAAAUCUUCCUCUGAGGAAGAACUUGGAAAGGAUGUUUUGGAACAAGGUGAAUCAGCACAAUUGGACAAUAUGAGAGAAAUUGGAUUGGUAGCACUUAAGGAAGAAAGAGGGGAGCCAAGCAGUGAAGAAAAAUGUGUCUUGAAUACAGGGGCCCAGAUACCCAGCAGUAUGGAGAUAUUGCCCCCAAAGAUGUCUGAAAGUCCUACAGAGCUAAGGAUUGUGCUGCUCGGCAAGAAUGCCUCUGAGAAGAGUGCUGUUGGAAACGUCAUCCUGGAUAGAGUGGCAUUUGACCCCAACUAUGUACAAAACCACUGUGAGAGAGCCAGGGGUCAAGUAGACGGAAGAGGCAUAGCUGUGAUCAACACUCCAGACCUGUUAGACCCUCACAUCUCCCAUGACAAACUCUCAGAGGAACUGCGUUGGUGUGUCACUCUGUCUGACCCAGGACCUCAUGUGUUCCUGUUGGUCCUGCAGCCUAAGGAGUUCACACAACAAGAGGGAAACAGAAUCAGGCAAAUUCUAGACCGCCUCAGUAACCGGUCCUUUGAAUACUCAAUGGUACUGAUAACUCAUGAAGACAGGAGGGGACACAUUGAUGAUGAUCACCCUCUGAAUCAGAUGGUCAGCGCCUGUAGAGGGAGGCAGUACGUCAUGCACCUCAGUGACCGCGCUCAACUUAUGGCAGAUGUUGACAAGAUUGUAAAGGAGAAUGGAGGAGGCUAUCUCACCUGUGAGCUAUUUGAAGAUACUACAAGUGGCAUGGUACAAGGGAAAGGGGAAAUCCACAGGAGGAAAACUGAUGGCAGCCUCAAAUCUUCCUCUGUGGAAGAACUUGGAAAGGAUGUUUUGGAACAAGUGUCUUCACUCAGGAUUGUGCUUCUGGGGAAGAGUGAUUACGAGAAGAAUGCAGUGGGUAACAUGAUCCUAAAGAAACAGGCUUUUAAGUCUAAUUUCUUCAACUCUAAACAGCAAUGUGAGUCAGCCAAUGGAAAGGUGAACGGCAAGUCUGUAACUGUUGUAAAAACUCCAGACUUCUUUUCUCCACGUCUGACUGUGGAGUCCCUGAUGCAGGAGAUGGAGAAAUGUAAGUCCCUCUCUGCCCCUGGGCCUCAUGGGAUCCUGCUGGUGUUGAAGCCUGAGGAGUUCACAGAGGAGAACAGAAACACAUUGAAGUUGAUCCUGAGCAUAUUUGGUAAAGAGGCCUUCAAGCACUCAAUGGUGAUCAUUACUCACAAGGAAGUCGCAGGAAAUCCUCAUCUGAGUCAAAUGGUCAUAGAAUGUGGAGGAAGGCAUCACGAAAUUAUCAAACAAGGAAGUCACCACAAAGAGUUAACUGAAAAGAUCGAAAAGAUGGUAGAGGAGAAUGAAUGGAGAUACCUCACCUCCAAUGAAGAGACGACACAUGAUACCAUGACACCAAAGGCUCAGAGACUGAACGUGGUGCUGUGUGGCAGAAGAGGAGCUGGGAAGACUUCUAUAGCCAAUGCCAUACUGGGUCAGAGAGAGUCCAGUCCAAAGUCCAGCUCCUCCUCAGUGUGUGUGAAGAGAGGAGGAGAGGUGUGUGGUCGGCCGGUCACCCUCAUCGAGCUGCCCGCUCUUCCAUGCUUUCCUCCUGGUCGUACCUUUUGGUCCACUCACUGA